AUGGAGAUGAAUAUAAAGCUUACUACAGUAGAGUAUGAUUCAUCAACGGGUAAAACUGAUAAUCCCAUUCUAGAUGAUAUUCAUUGUUAUCAGCAGUUGAUUGGGAAGUUGAUAUAUUUGACAAUCACUAGACCUGAUAUAUGUUUUGUAGUUCAGGAACUUGGUCAGUUUAUGCAAAGGCCAAAAAGAUCACACUGGAAUGCAACUUUGAGAGUACUAAGAUACUUGAAGAAAUCCCCAGGGCAAGGGAUACUGCUGAAGAGAGGUCCAAUCAACACUUUGACAACAUUUUGUGAUUCAGAUUGGGCAGCUUUCCCCAACACCAGAGGGUUAGUAACAGGGUAUGUAAUACAGCUUGGUGAGUCACUAAUUUCAUGGAAACCUAAGGAACAACAUACAGUAAGUAGGAGCUCAGAAGAGGCUAAGUACAUAAGCAUGGCAGGAACAGUAGCAAAGAUCAUUUAG